AUGACGUCACACGGGUCGCACAGUGUCAUGCCGCCGGCCGUGAUAGACGACGACGUACAGAGGACGGCGGAGAGCAUUCUGCUGGUGGAGUCGGUGGGAGGGGAGACCACUGGCCUCUCUGUCGACCCGGAGACCAAGAGGAGGGUGCUGGAGGCUGUCUGUGUGGCUCUACAGACGUCUACCUGUAUAAGACAACCACUGUACUCCACGCCAACGGGUGGUUGUCUUGGACAAGUUCGACAGUCUAUCAGAGCGGUGGACAACUCGUCCACGCAGCAGACUCUGACCCGUCUCCGGGAGUCGGCCAAACGUCUGGAGCAGGAGAAGGAGGAGCAGGGGACCGAGCUCAGGGAGAAGCACAAGGAGGUGGCCUGGCUCAACAAAGAGCUGAACAUCAUCAAGAACCAGCUACACAAACUGCGGCAGAUCGUGCUCAACUACAACCAGAGCCACUCCACCAACUUCCACCUGGAGGAGGAGUCCGUGGACGGGGGGCCGGGCAGGUCAAAGUCCGACCCGCUGUACAGCAGAGAGAGGACCUACGUGGAGGGGGACCAGGUCAACUACUUCAGCACCACGGGCGAGGAGAUCGCGGUGUGGAAGCUGAGGCAUAGACAAUCAAGAGGAGGAGGAGGAGGGGGAGGAGGGCUUCUCGGAGUGGGAGGAGGGAGUGGAGGAGGAGGGAGUACGAGUCACAGAUCCGGGUUCGGAGGAGGAGGAGGAGGAGGAGGAGGAGGUUUUGGGACGAGUAGAGCCGUGACACAGUGUCUCCGGUGCAACCAGUUCUUUAAAGGUCCCGACAACAACAACCGCGCCUGUCGCUACCACAAGAAGGGACGACAGAUCCGUGAGCAGUACGACCCCAGCGGCCGGCUACUCCGCGUGCUCUACACCUGGGCCUGCUGUAAGAAAGGUCUGGACGCCCCGGGCUGUACCUACGGCUGUCAUAUAUGACACAGUCACGCCAAAACAGCAGUCACAUAUGACACAGUCACGCUGACACUAUAUACGGCUGUCACAUAUGACACCAUCACGCCCAAAGAAAUGUUAUAUAAUUAUGACACAGCCACCCCCAUACUACGACCUACAGCUGUCAUAUAUGACACCGUCACGCCCACACAUGUCAUAUGACACUGUCACGCCCAUACUAUUACCUACGGCUGUCAUAUAUGACACAGUUACGCCCAAACAACUGUCACAUAUGACAGUCACUCUGACACUAUUUACGGCUGUCACAUAUGACACCGUCACGCCCACACAAUCUAUGGCUAUCAUAUAUGAUACAUUCAUGCCACCUAACCUUCGUCUGUGAUAUAUGACACAGUCACGCCCACACUACUGUCAUAUAUGACAGUCACGCCCAAACAUCUGUCAUAUAUGACAGUCACGCCCAAACAUCUGUCAUAUAUGACAGUCAUGCCCAAACAUUUGAGUAUAUAUUACAUCGUCACGCCCAAAGAUCUGAGUAUAUAUUACAUCGUCACGCCCAAACAUCUGUCAUAUAUAACACAGCCACGCCCAAACAUCUGUCAUAUAUGACACCGCCACGCAUACACAACCGCCAUCUUGUUGGAGGACUGGCACAAACUAUAAGGAGCACACAGAUUUUGUAGCAUUCCGUGACCAUCUCCCCUUUGCCUGCAUGCACAUACAAACGGACUAAUUAAGUCUGUGUUUUCUAAUGAUGCUCAAAUAAUUGUGAAUCUGAAUGUGGGUUUUUUUUACAAGCCAUUCAGCUGACGGAGAGUAUUUUUUCAAUAUUUCUCUCUCAAUUUUCAUUUUUCCCCGUCUUAUUUCCAAAGACCGCUCCACGACCCCAAAGAAGCACCUGUAUAAUUAUAUCAAUGUGCCAAAAGGGUGAUUGGGGACCGUCUGUACACUUAAAUGACGUUACGAUUUGCUGUGAUAACGAAAGGUGCCCAAGGUUAUAUGUUGACCUCUUCACUCCAAAUUGUUGUAGAAGACAAAGUGCAGACCAUGAUAAUGAAAGCACGUCGUGUUUAAACCCUAGCUUGGACGUUGACCAAGAUGGCCCAAAACAGACAGAACUGGAGAUCCUUUGUUGCUGCCCUAAACGCCAGAUGGCGUAAUGGGUAGUAAGUAAGUAAGUUGGACGUUGAGGCAACGAUGAUAGUCAACUGUACACUGUUUACUAUAUGAGUAUGUUGAUUUUAUAGAGGCAUCAGUCUGUUUGCAUAUAGUCAAAGCUCAGUGUUUAGUUUAGUUUAGUUUUAGUAGAGGGAUUUACGGCGCUCGCAACUGCAUAAGGUCAUAUGAGCGCCA